AGUCGAGACUCGGAGACUCGAGUGGUUCAGCCUGCUUCUACAUGACACUUGUGGGUCUAUUCUAGAUUAUACUAGCGUUCAUUAUUGAAGCCCCUUCCUUCAAUUAGGCGGCCGUGACUACUCGUUACGAGCCACAGCACGCGAACCGGAAAUUAGCAUUUUACUGCCUUCCCCGCUUCGCGUGGCAUCCCCUCCGUGCCCACGACUCCAGCUCCGCCCUGCCUGACCGUCCAAGCGCGGCGUCACCAACCAAUCGGCGACAGCCACGAGCGCACAUACUCGAGCACUCAAGCGGCACUCUCAGACCUCGCCGUCCGCCGUGCGGCGCGGCUCGCCACGACUGCCGCGUCGUGCAUCCGCCAACCCAAUCGGGGCGACCGGCUCUCGCGGUCUUUUCCCUGCGGGGCGGAGGCCAGUCACGAGGCGACGCUUCAAGGGACUCAGCGCGCAGCUUCCAGAAUCUGAUCCACAACCUAGUUCGCACCACCCAGUUCCCCAUUUCUCUCUCUCCCCUUCCUCGCGCCAUGUUGUCCGCGGGAGUGGAGGCGCAGGCGACGGCGCGGCUAGCGGCGCUGCCGCUGAGCUUCCUGGUGAUGAGCUCCGUGCUGCCCGUGGUGAAGGUGCUCCUCAUCGCCGCCACCGGGCUGAUCUUCGCGCUGCCGUACUUCGACGUGCUGCACGCCGACGCGCGGAAGAGCCUCAGCAAGCUGGUGUUCACGGUGUUCCUGCCGGCCAUCAUCUUCGUCAACCUGGGCGAGGCCAUCUCCUUCCACAACCUCCUCCAAUGGUGGUUCAUCCCCGUGAACGUGGUGCUGGCGUCGCUCAUCGGCUGUGCACUCGGCAUGCUCGUGGCGUGGCUCACCGACUGCCCGCCCGAGUUCUUCCGCCUCGUCUUCGUCCUCACAGGCAUCGGCAACAUGGGCAACAUGCCGCUGGUGCUGCUGUCGGCGGUGUGCUCCGAUGCGCGCAACCCCUUCGGAGGGCACCAGGAGUGCAACAAGCUCGGCACCGCCUACAUCUCACUCGGCAUGUGGAUGGCGGCCAUCAUCAUGUGGAGCACGGUCUACAACAUCCUCGCGCCACCCGAGGAGUGGUUACCGGGUUACGUGCGCCCCUUGGACCACUUUGGCAUCGACCACAAGUACGUGGACGCGCCCAUGGUGCCGUACCAGGAGGCCGACAACGAGGGGGACGACGACGCCUCUGAGGGGGAUGGGGAGUCGCAGGGCGAGGGGUGGGAGGUGGAUGGGGGGUGGGAAGCAGCGCUGGGCGUGGGCGUGGAGGCGGUGUCGUCCAGGCCCAUAGCGCCGGGGGAGGGCCGCCGCACCCACCAUGUUGACCUCUCGCCUGGUGCUGCUGGCUUUGGCCGCAUUGGCGGCUCGAAUGGUGCUGCUGCUGCUGCUGGCAGUGCUGGCAGUGGUGCCCUGCGCUCCCCUCUUCUCUCACCCACGCCCGCAGCAGCAGCAGCGGAGGGGCAGGGGGCGUCCGUGCCACGGCUGGGCAGCGCAAGGGCGAUGGAGCCAGGCCAGCACCACGAGGGGUCGCUGCGGGGGGGGCGCGCGUUUGGCAGCAGCCGCACGAGCAGCGUGGCGCGCACCGCCUCGCGCACGCUGAGGAAGGCGUCGGUGGCCAUCCUCGUGCGCGCGCCCAACACUCUGGGCGAGGUGCUCAAGGCGCUGCACAUCUACGACAUCUUCCGCCCGCCCGUCCUCGCUGCCUGUCUGGCGAUGCUGAUCGGCAUGGUGCCGGAGCUCGACUUCCUCUUCUUCCACAAGGACGGCGCCCUGCGCUUCCUCUCCGACGCCCUCGCAGUGCUAGGGCAGGCCAUGAUUCCGUGCAUUCUGCUCGUGCUGGGGGCCAACCUCGUCAAGGGCCCAGGGGCGUCGGCGCUACCCAUGCGCACGACGCUAGCGGUGGUGGUAACCCGCCUGGUGCUGGUGCCGCUGGUGGGCAUUGCGCUGGUGCUCUCUGCCGACCGACUAGGCCUGCUGCCGCCUGGCGACAAGAUGUUCCGAUUCGUGCUGCUGCUGCAACAUGCCAUGCCCUCAUCCAUCCAGAUAGGCACGGCGUGCAGCCUGCGGGGGUUCGGAGAGCAGGAGGUGUCGGCGGUGCUCUUCUUCCAACACAUCUCUGCCGUCUUCACCAUGGCUGUCUACCUCUUUGUCUUCUUCUUCCUCCUCUAUGGCUAGCUGCGCUCGCCUGCUGUGUUGCCAGCAGCAUAUGCUACACUUGUACCGCCCUUAUGAUGCGUCACACCAGACCCCUUCCUUCAAUGUGCUAGAGGGACUGUUUCCUUGAGCGUAUGACCUGUAUACAUAUGUUGCAAUAUCUGACCACCACCAUAUUGCGGGUAACCUUUUUGUGCCGGUGUUGAGUUGAUCAGUAACGGAACUGAGCGGCCGUUGUUGGGCUGAAAACAGCCCUAGGAUCUUUUCAGAAUGCUAAGUCUGUUGGAAAUAUCUCAAGGACUUAAGCGUUUCUGAAGUGUAACACUGUACUCGAGGAAGAUUACAGGGGAGCACGCGAACUUUUUACUCUGAUUCAGACUUUUUUCAGAGUUUUUUUGGGGGUGUACUCUGAUUGGGAAGACUUUUUUUUGUACCUUACUCUGAUUUUUCAGAGAAGAUUUAUGUACCUACGCUGAUUUUUCAGACUU